GUUCACAUUAAGAGGCAGCACUAUGGGUGCCAAGCAGGCUAAAGGCCAGGAGCCCGCAGGAGCCAGUCCUCAGCACAGUUGGAAGCGGACACCCACCAAGGAGCGGGGAGACAUCUUAGCCUCCCUCAUGCUGAAGUCAGGGGACAGGCUGAGCCGUAGCGGGACGCCACCGCCACCCUACCAGCGCCGGAUUGGCAUGAUCCAGGAGAUGAUGCUGAUGGCCAAACAGGGCAAGCAGGACGAGGCCACGGAGAUGCUGAAGACGCUCCGACAGGACCUAGGCAUGGAAUCAACAUCACUGGAUGACGUGUUGUACCGCUACGCCAGCUUCAGAAACCUGGUUGAUCCCAUCACGCAUGAUCUGAUUAUCAGUCUGGCGCGAUAUGUCCACUGCCCCAAGACGGAGGGAGACUCUCUCGGGGCAAUGGAAAAGGUUUGUCGUCAGCUGACCUACCAUCUCAGCCCCCACUCUCGAUGGAGGAGACAGGGCCUGCUCAAGAGGAAACCUCAGGCCUGUCUGAAGGCAGUGCUGUCAGCCCCUCCAUCCAGCGGGGCGUUGGAUCUUUCCGGCAUCCCUCUGACAGCUCGGGACAUGGAGCGUCUGUGUGCGCACCUGCAGCGCUACGCGUCUACUCUGAUCAGCCUGGAGCUGGGCUUCACUGAGCUCACAGACGAGGCUUUCCUCCUGCUGCUCCCCACACUGGCCUCUCUGCCACACCUGGAGACACUGGCAUUGAACGGAAACAGGCUGACCAGAGCAAUUCUGAAGGAGCUGACAGACGCCCUGAAGGAUCCAGGCAGUUUCCCAAGCGUGACAUGGAUUGACCUGGGCAACAAUGUGGACAUUUUCUCCCUGCCGCAGCCCUUCCUGGUCAGCCUGAGAAAGCGCUGUCCCAAGCAAGGCAACCUGCCGACCAUCCUGGAGUUUGGAGAGAGCCAGGCCAGCGACCCCCCUGAAAGGCUACGGGGGCUUGGGGAAGAGGAGGAAACAGACGACACCAACCGGACUGAGAGCAUGGGCGAGCUCCGUUCGGAAGUAGAGGAAGAGCUGGAUGGAGAGAUGGAGAUAGAGGAGAUGAUGGAAGAGCUGCUGGACUUUGACAGGGAGGUACAAGGGAAGGAGGACGAGGAGGAGAGCAUGUGGACAGUAGGGGAGCACAGGAAAGGAGGGGCGAGGAGGAGAGAGAGGGGAGGGGAUGAGGAGGAGAAGAAGGAUAGGGUAGUGCAGAGAAGAGAGGAGCGCCCAAGGAGGAGGACAAGGGCAGUGAUGGCAGAGUACGAGGAUGACACACAGAGCUGUUCAAGCCAGUCGCAACACUCAUCUGGGGCUGUGGAGCCAAUGAGAGUCGAGGAAGACGAGUUUACCGACCAAUCAGAACACUUUACCUGAUCGGUCCCCACUGCUCAGUUUCUGUUUUACUUCCUGUGUCUACUUCUACAUGGAAGGAGGCGAGAGAAUUCUGUGGCUAAAAAUGCUGCAGUGCUGCAUAAACGUGCCACUCGAUGUUCCUCCCCUGAUCUGAUUUGUGACCAAUCAAAGCUUCAGACGCUGAUGAAGUGGCUGCUGAACUCAGACUGAAACUCAAGCCAAUCCCCAGCAGGAAGUGUGUUUUACCUUAACUGUCUGUUGUUUAAAGUACUAAUAGACCACAGAUGCUAUUGCAUAGUAUAGACUGAUAAAUUAUAUCACGUGAGGCUUUCAUGUAUAGAAUGUUUAUCUAUAUUCAGGUCCUUCCUCCUUGUAAUCCCAGUAAUACCUACAUGUGCCUGUAACACGUCCCGUUACUGGUUAAAAGACAAAGUAAUCAGGGCCUUUAUAAGGAAAUGUUUUUGCCAAAAACUACAAGUGGAACUGUGUAAAAGGCCCACGUGGGUCAAAGGCCAGCCUGAUGGAUCGGAAGAUCUCCUUUGUAGAAUCCCGUUGCUGCUUAAGAAAAUGAACAGAUGCACUGUGUUUUAGUGGAAGAAAUGUGAUGUGAAAUUUGAUGAAGGUUAAAUUAGUAAGCUUAAAAAAAAAACACCCUUAUAAUAUCUAGAGCAAUGAUUGACACUGAAAGAAAAAGGUCCUGUUUCCAAGGCUAUGCAAGGGAGAGCGGGUGACGAUGAGCCAGCUUUUAGUUGAGUCAACCUUUAGCUAAGAGGAGUAAUAACUUCAGGAAAUAAUAUCUCGCUUGAAAACUUAUCAGACAUAGCUCAUUCAACUAAACAAGAUAUUUCAUCUCAAAAUGUGGGAAGUUGAGCCUAAAACAGAUGAUGAUCCAUCUGAGAAAAUAGUAACAAACCAUUCUUCUAACCCUACGUGUAAUUAUUUAGAAUUAGAUCUCAACUCCUGUUUAUUAAAUAGACAUUACAGCUAUUUUGUCUAUAGUGCUAAAAGAUGAAGAUGCAACAUUUAACAUAAAACACCAAUAUAGUCAAAAAUAUAGUAAAAAAAACAACAACUCUGUUUAAGAUAAAAUAUUCCUGUGCCCCAUACAGAUAGUUAUAAAAUCACUGGUUUAAUUAACACAUAUCUACACCAAUCAAACUCUAAACACAGCAUAACCGAAAUAAUGAUCACAACUCUACUAAACUGAGGAUUUGAUCCAUUACCUGCAUCUUUAUGAUUGCUAUUUCAGAAGUAAUAGCUAAAUACAUAACUCUUGGUAUGCAGGAUGAAGUAAAGUUAAUCUAAUGUAAGAAAACCUCAAAACUAUAAUAAAUUAAGCUAAAUUAACUCAUUUUAAAGCUUUGCUGCUGUACCUGGAAAGCUUUGACAGACAAUUAUUUUGUGAAAAGAUCUCCUAGCUACUUCAUCUACCUUGUUCUCAAAAGGAAAACUAAAUUUAAGGUCACAUGACUAAAGCCUACCCAAUUUAUCAGUGGCCAAAUACUAUGGCAGAUAUUAGCAUCCACAUUUAUAACAGCACAAAAAGUUACUUUCAAAAGUAAAAAUGAUAUAGAAGAAUUUCUAAAUUCCUAUAUUGCUUGGGCUAUACACGUAUAGGUGCUCAGAUAUAGGUGGAAGGCGACCUUACCUACUGGCUCAUCUUAUCCCUUUGUCCCCUGCAGUGGAUAGAAGUGUUAACCUCAUUGCCAUGUGUCCCAAAGCCAAGUGCUGAAAUAUUUAGUAGCCUUUUUCCUCAUAAUCCAGGUCAUGCCUCACACCACGGCGCUGUACACUAGAGUGCAUCACACGCUUACAGUGCUGUGUUUGUAUAUAGGUCGCUGCUAUGCUGUACGCUGGGUUACAACACAAUAUCCUUAUACAGUAUGUAGCUCUCACCCGGCUUGUGCUUUCCCUCCAUGUGUCACUUAUAAUCCCUGCAAAGCUUUAAUAAAUAAACUGUAUUUUUA